UGGUUGGGAGGGCACAAACAGGGGAAAGUAAUACAUCCUGCUUUCUAGAGUUCCUGCCUAUCCGAAUAUCUGAUCUGGAACUGUGGUAUAUGGAAAGGAGUAGCUGUCAUAACGGAGUUGAUUAAUAUAAGGUGAUUAUUUGAACAGCGUGUGUCCUAGUAAAGCAGCAGUUCGAAGAGCAGCAUGGAUAAGUUGCGAAGAGUCCUGAGCGGCCAUGAGGAUGAAGAGCAGGGGCUGACCACUCAGGUUUUGGAUUCUUCAUCCCUAAGUUUUGGCACACGAGUAAAGUGGUUUGCAAUAUGCUUUGUUUGCGGAAUAGCAUGCUCUAUUCUUGGCACUGCAUUUCUCUUUAUACCGGCAGCUGGUAAAAAACUUUUUGCAGUAUUCUACACUCUAGGAAAUGUUGCUGCUCUUGCUAGCACUUGUUUUCUUAUGGGACCAGUAAAGCAACUGAAAAAGAUGUUUGCACCAACAAGACUGAUCGCCACUUUAGUCAUGCUGCUUUGUCUUAUCUGUACAUUGUGUGCUGUAUUUUGGUGGCAGAAGAAUGGCCUGGCAAUCAUAUUUUGUAUUUUACAGUUCAUUGCAAUGACAUGGUAUAGCCUUUCAUAUAUACCCUUUGCAAGGGACGCUGUUAUAAAAUGUUUUACGGGCUGCCUGAAUUAGGUAGAGACCAAGAUCAUUUCUGCAAAAAUUCAGGGACUGAUCAUUCUGUUGUUGAUAUCUGGUGAAUUUACUUUUUUUUUUUUUUUUGCGCAUUAAAUGACAAAAAUGUUACUAAAUAUUUGUAUUGUACAUAAGCUUAACAGUUUUGUACCUGCACCAUUGUAUUUUCCUAAUCAGAGCUUCUUAAAGGUCAACAAGAAUGAUUUUUAUUAUUUUUUAUAAGAAAUGAGUACAUAUUUAAUAUGUGCAGUAAUUAAGGUAUUUGCACUGUAACACAGGAAUUUUUUUUUUUUUAACAAACGCCAUCACUCCGCGAAUAUAAAUCUUAUAUUUGUUCUUCUUUGCCAUGUAAAUAUAUAUAUAAUCUAAAAUAUA